AUGUUCGUGGGGAAUUGUGGGGCCCACGGGCGAACCGCCCGGGUGGUCUUCGGCGAGCGGCUCAAUCUCGCCCUCACCCUCCUCCAGCACGAGCUCGGGCGGGGGCGGAUUUUGCUCACCGAUCACAUCGCGGUGAGCCUGCCGCCGAACUUCGUGGCGCCGGUGGAUCACAUCAUCCCGCUUCGCGGCGGCACGGAGAGCGUGCAGCUUUUUCAACUCCUGAAUCCGCUGCGGUGUCGGGAUGGCGUGUACGUCGAGGGAGCCGUGCAGUUUCGCCACGCCUUCGCCUCGGCGAUCAACGGGGAUUACCCAAAGGCGAUGAAGCUCGUGAAAGCCGUCGCGCCGUACGAUGUGGAGGUCUGCAACGCCUUUACCAAGGCGCUACAAUGUCUAAUCGCGUCCAAACCGUACCGGCCGAGGUAUUGUCGCUUUCAACUGCCCGCCUUCGAGCCGUUGGGGACGCUUUUGAAAAAUAAAGCUGCGAAGUACACCUAUCGAAAGCUCUCCCUCGAUAAAAUUCAGGUCCCUGCGUUGCAGGAUAGCUCGCAGAUCAUCGGGUUCGGCUUCGAGUCGGUUUCCUCCCUGAGCACUUUUUUCAAGGAUACCGGAUGCCUACCGAGGAUGGGCGGCGUGGGGGAGAACCCGCCGGAUUCCUCCCGCAACGGCGACGACACCGACGCCCCCAGCGCGACCACGAAGGAUCCCAAUCCCUCCGGCAAAGUCGAGAGCGCCAACCCCUCUGCUUCGCAACCCCUCCACACCUCGCUCGAUCCUUUGUUUCCAAGCAGUCCAAUCACGCCAGGAGAGGGAGGGGCGUUCGACGAGGAGGUCCCUCGCACCGUCGUGGAUUGCACGGGAACGACGUGGCAUUUGUUGCCCGAUCCGAUCGACGCGGGCGCCUUCGCGGAGGUCUACAAGGCGAUCUCCAACACCGGGACGAUCAUGGCGUUGAAGUGCAUCCGGCUGAUCUCCCAUCACGUCCAGCUGCACGACGUCGUGCAGGAGGUGAACACCGCGUGCAAGCUGUUCAAUGAGUACAUCGUGAACUACACGAGUUGGGCGCACAUCGGGCCGUAUUUGAUUAUCAUCAUGGAUUACAUCGCGGGGGGAUCGCUCCAGUGGGUGUUGUCGUCCUUCCCACAAGGGAUGCCGCUACGGCUGGUGAAGCGCUACGCCUCGGAUUCCCUCAAGGGUCUUUCCUAUCUUCAUAGCCACAACAUCGUCCACGCGGAUAUCAAACCCGGGAAUAUCCUCAUCUCCGUCGACGGCGGCUGCAAGUUGAGCGAUUUUGGUUCGAGCAUCAACCGACGAGGGGCGGGGCGGGGGGCGAGCCCCCUCGCCCGCGAGGAUCGCCCGCCCCCUCGCCUGAUGGAAAGCGAGCAGCAGCAACAGAAGGAGGAGGAGGAGGAUGAUGGGGUGUUUGGUCUGCGGGGAACGGCGCGUUAUAUGAGCCCGGAGGUCGCUCGUGGUUCGAUGCCGACGGCGUACAGCGACGUCUGGUCACUCGGCGUUACUUUACACGAGAUGCUCACCGGGAGGCUGCCUUGGGUGUGGGCGAAGACGACGCCGCGGCGAACCGAUCGGGAUGGAGGGAAUCCCGAGAAACUCAAACGCGAUCCGGCAACAGGGGUGCCGCGUACCCCCCCAGCCUUCUUUCUUGAUCCUCAAGAACACAAUAUCCCUAGUUUGAGUGAUUUGAACGACAACGCGGACGGCCUCCGUGGCGGCAGUGACGGGGGGGGGUUCCUUUUAAAGUCACUCCCCAUCCCGACGAAGGCGCGGCGGCGUUCGAACCCGUCGGAUUCCGACGAACGCCUCCUCCGGCGGUUUCUCUCCCCGACCAUGACGACGACCUCCCCUCUUCCGAGCGGCGAGGUUGGCAACUCCGGGGGUGAUCCCACAGCGAGGAAAGUUAGUAUUAGUAGUCCGUGUGAGAAGGGAAACGACGACAAGCCUUCGUUCGUGCGGCCGCAUUUCAACCCCCACGCGCUGCGCUCGAGAGCUUCGCCAGGGGAUCCGUUGCGAGGGUGCUCGCCGAGGCUGCCGAUUGACAGUUUAGUGGAGCUCGAGGGCGGCUCGACGUCGAUUCAUAGCAUCUCCGACGCUCGUUUCGUGCAGGGGCUCGCCAACGGCACGAUCGAGGUUCGGCUGCAGCCGGAGGAUUUCCCUUCAGAUGAGGCCUUUUCGUUAGUUUCCUCAUGCCUUCGCGUCACUCCAAGACAGCGACCAAGCACCGCCGAGCUAUUAGGUCAUCCAUUCUUUAUUAUUUAA